GGGCGGGGCUACAGGUGGACGACGCCCACAAUGCAGUGGACUCGGGGUCCAAAGUACUUGACAGCCAUGGAUUCUCCCAGUCCCAGUGUGUCCCUGGAGGGCCCCCAGACCCUGUCCUCCAUGGCCACCAUCACCUCCCAGACUCUGCCCAGCGACUCCACCUCUUCAGACUUCUGCAGCAACCUGUGGGGUUACCACAACAACUUCCUGCCCGGAGUCCAAGGCGGUCCAUUCUGCUACCAGAACGAGGGAGCUCAGAUUGUGCCGAUCGCCAUGUCGACUACUCAACCAGGUGAUCUGACCGCCUCCCAGCUACAGUUCCCUACCUCCCUUUUCCCGCAGGGUGUGGUCCAGGGAAGUCUUCCCCGCAAACAAUCAGAACGCAGCUUGAUGAAGAACAGAGAGGCUGCCCGGGAAUACCGAAGGCGCAGGAAGAUCUACGUGAGAGAGCUGGAGAGGCGAGCGGAGCAGCUGGAAGAUGAAAACUUGGCUUUGAAGGAAGAACUCAAAAUUUGUAAAUCCUGUCACCAGAAAGUGAAAUGAGCGGUGGGUCCUUGAACGUAUUGAAAUGGCACAAGAUGAGUGAUGACUUCACACGAGUGUGUGGGUCAUACAACGUGAUUGUUGUUUGUUUGCUGCAGCAGAAGAAUUGACAUGCAGAUAUAAUCAGACUAAUAGCAAAUAUCAGCAAGGUAUUGACUUUGUUUAUCCUUCACUGACGUGAGCAAUUUUGCUUAUAAAUCAGAGCUUCCUUUUUCAAUCGCAUGCAGGAUUCUCACAGGUAUGAAGCAAAAAUCAAUCCCUACCCACUGUAUAAUAAUAAUAAUAAUAAUAAUGAUGAUGAAAGAAGAGUGUAGUUGCAGUACAAGUCAGUCGAGGAUACAGUUGGCUGAGGAGCGCUGAGUACAUAAGAAGUCACUGGUCAUCUCCCUGUAACCUCUGACCUCUGUGAGACUACUUCCUGUUGGAGGACAACAUGAUUAUUUUCUAUGCAAUAACACAGGUGGCUACAUAUAUAUAUAUAUAUAUAUAUAUUUAUAUGUAUGUAUAUAUAUAUAUAUAUAUUCUGACGCUUGGCGUGUAAGUGUUCAUUGAAAAACAUACUGAUCUGCAAUAAAAGCGCUUUUAUUUCAAUUGUACUGUUUGUAUUUCAAAAUAAAAUUCACCAAACUGACUGACUACAACGCUGACAGCCAAUAGACACCAGACCUCACCUCCCCACUUUCCCAAUAUCACCAAAUUAU